CAGACAGCAAGGCGGAACCGGAACAGAGCGACAAAUGAAGAGUCCUUCUUGUUUACGCAGGAGCGUUCAGCAGUAGCACUUCCUCUAUGAAAUGUUAUAAAAGUCACCAACAAACCUGAACACACACGUUCAACAAGCUCACAGAAUGAAGACGCUGCUGCUUUCUCUCAUCUGUCUGUUUGUGUGGAAUCAAACCACAGAAGCUUUCACUGAUCAACGGCUGGUUUUAGGACAGAAUGUGACUGUAGCCUGUGAGUUUAAUUUAAAAGCCAUUAUUUGGUUUGUGAUGAAACUACCAGCUCGUCCAGAGAUGAUACUGCAAACGUUUGGACAACCUAAACAGGUGGAAUAUUACAACAAAAAAUUAAUCAGCAAAUAUUCAGAGGGAGGCUGGAGCCACUUAUUAAUAAAUAAUGUCAGUGCUGAUGAUUUAGGAAUGUAUUACUGUAUAAAACCAGGCAGGAAUCUAAAGGUCAGUAAUGGCAUCAGACUGCACACCUCUGAAUCCCCCCGAAGUCACAAUGAACCAGAGCAAAAAAGUCAGACAGCACUUCAGAUUUUCAUCAUCAUGUUCAGCCUGUUGACUGUUGUGCUGUUUGCUGCAGUUAUACGUUUAUUAAUGAUGAACCAUAAACUAUCUAAGAAAAAUCCUGAAUAUGUCAAUGGUCAUCAGAUUUCUACUAUGAAGUUUCGUGAGAGUAACAGAGGAAAAACAGAUCCUGAAUAUAUAGAGGUGCUGCCAAAUAUCAGAGGUCCUGUAUAUGAAUCAGCUUCAUACUGAGAAAUUGUGUUGAUUUAUUUCUGUUUGCUUCAAAUGAUCACAAUUCUGUGCUGCUUGAUAAUGUAAAGAAAUAAUGAUUUGCUUUUGUCUGUUCAUAAUAACAAUGUCAGCAAUUAAAAUGUCCAUCAAGUAAAUAAAUCAACUUUGUAAUGUUUUGGAUUGUUUGUUUAUGUCUCUUUCUGAGUUGCUAAAAUCAGAUCUGAUUGUAAUGGGAUGCAGUGUCAGUAAUUAGUCCAUUCGGUUCUCUUGAUUGAUCAUGUGACAAUGAAUGUCACAUCUGGAUGUAACAAACAAGACAUUUUUGACUGAUGUGAGAUCUUAUCUCAUAUAGAUCUUGAUAGUUCACCCAAAAAUAAAAAAAUGGCUGAAAAUUGAC